GCGACGGAGGAAAGACGCGUCGCCGCGUGUUCCUCAAACUUCGACGACCACAGCUGGAGUCAGAGUGUUGUUGCGAAGUGAAGUGAUAGUGAUGACUUUUGAAUGGAACAGUCGGCUUUAUUGUCUCCUGGACGUGCGUUGAAGUCAGAGGAGAUGGAAAAGGACCGACUUGUGGAAGAAAUUGUGCUGUUAGCAUUGUUUCUGGUGUCAACGGCGGCCAACUCGCUGGCGCUGCUCGUGUUCUGCCGACGGCCUGGGCUUAGAACUAUCUCAAACAGGUUCGUGAUCAACUUGCUGGCUACGAACCUGGUGACGACCUCUCUGCUGGCCCCCGCGCUGUUCGGCGAGCACUCGGCUCGGGAGGGCGCGCACGCUUGGGUGGAGGCGGGCGACGCGGCCGCGGCGGCUUGCGGCCUCGCCUCGCUGCUGGCCGUCAUGCUGAUUGCGCUAGACCAGCACCACGCCGUCACCGACCCGCUGCGCUGCCAUGCGCGCCUGCUGCAGCGCCGCCCUGCCGCGCUCUGCGCCGCCACCUGGCUCACCGCCUCCAUCGCCGCGGUGCUACGCGCAACCAUCGCUGCCUUGCGCUACAUCUAUCCGGAGGAGCCGGCGCUGCAGGGCAUACAGUUCGCCUACUACAUAGUGUACUUACUCCUCGGCGUCGUGCUGCCGGCGACGAUCGUCUGUAUCAUGUACUCGAGGAUAUACCGCGCGGCUCGCUCGUCAGGACUACGAGCGAGAGCGCACGGAGCCAGUGCACUACAGCUACACGAGCCCCCUGCGAACCUACCCGAGUUGGUGGAAGAGAGCGAGGGUCUGACGUUGAGGAUAGACGUCCCAGACAGCUCGACGUCGGGAGACAGCGCCAAGUUCGGACCGUUCCUGCUGCCCCCCGAGCGCCCGAUGCGUUGCCCAUCAGUUGCCAGUCUACGUAACGCUAAGAAAGAGGGCAAAUCGAAUGAGGAUCUGCGUAAAGGGUUGCCGGCGGUGAGCUCGGCCCCCUCCCUGGCGGCCCCGCUGCUGGCUGUACAACAGCGCACGCCGCAGGUGUCCAACAGCGGGUCUCGCAUCACAUCGUUCCGCUGCCGAAUCUCGAACGCGUCGCUGUUCAGAUACCGCGAGGAGUCCCGCGCGGCGCGUGUGGGGCUGCUGACGGGCGCGCUGGUGAUGCUGCACGUGCCGCACGCGGCGGCCGCCAUGGUGUCGGCGGCGGCGCCCGGGUUGGCGGCGGCGGCGCGCACGCCGGCGCUGGCUCUGCUGUUGCUGGCGUCGGCUGCGUCGCCGUUCCUGUUCGCGCUCCGCUCGCGGCGCGUGCAGCGCGAGGCGCGGCGGCUGCUGCUGCCAGAGAAGAGCGCGUGGGAGCGCGCAGGUGGCGCAGCGCAUGCGGCUGCUGCGGACGGGCAGCGGGCGCGCGCGGCGCUGGAGCUGCUGCGGGCGCUGUCGCCGGGCGGCACCGACGCGGCGGACGCGGGGGGCGCGCCGGCGCCGGGAAACGCGCGCGCGGGGGGCGCGGCCCGCGGCUCCUUCAGCUCGGGCGGCAGCACGCAGCUGUCCUCGGCCUCCGACGAGUGACCCGCGCCCCCCCGCCGGGUCCGCUUCGCCCCGCGCCCCACCGCUCUACUCAUCUGUGAUACUAGGCUAAGCCGUAACGCGCUCGGCGCGAACGUUAGACUGAUUUAGCGUUAAGUUAAUUUAUUGUGUCCACGUACCUUUCCGCUGAGCGGACAAAUUUUUAUUACCUGACAUAUUGAUGUAUCGAAGUAUUAAAAAUGUAAAAUGAAAUGUU